AUGGCAGCGACGAUGGCCUUCCCGGUCCUCCCAGCGAGCGACAUAGACCAGGUCGCAGCGACUAUCCUCCACCUAUUCGACCCUGCAACCUCCGCCCAGCCCGCACUCGCCAAGUCGCUCCAGCAACAGCUACAGGAUCUGCAAGCGCGACCCGAGGCGUGGGGAUUGAUCGCCGGACUGGCGAAACAGGAUGACGCGAACGUGCGUUUCUUCAGCGCGCACACGGCGCAAGUCAAGAUCUCACGGGAUUGGGACACGCUCCCCGCCGAGAUGCAGCCGGCGCUCCUCGCGCUGGUCCUUGAGACACUCGGCGAGGCCGUUUCGCCCACCAACACGACAACCUACCAGCCCGGCAACGCGAUUGUCGUGCGCAAGCUGUUCGGGUGUCUCGCCUCCCUCAUCCUCCGCCUCCCAUUUUACCGCUUUCCCGACCCAAUCACGACCGUGCUUCAGACGUUGUCCAACGCGCUUGCCAGAGCCACGGCUCUCCCACCCUCUGCCCCUGUGUCGGGGUACUCGACGCCAGUGCCCGGCGGAGGAUCGGCCACCACUGGACUGAGACAGCGCGUCCGCCUGUGGGCUCUUGAGUGGUGUGGGAUCUGUGUUGAGGAGAUUGCACGCGCUGGGCUGAGUGAACAGAAGCGCACUGCUCUUCGACGUCACAUCGACUCCGACGUUCCAGCCGUUAUGGCGGCCAUCACAGACAGUAUGACUGGAGAGCCACUCCAGUCGCCUGUGGACCGAAUCCGCGCGGCCGAGGCCGCUUGCAGGUGCGCCGACAGCUGGAUCAACUACGGCCUUGGUGCAGACGAACUCUCCGCCCUGCUUCCGCACAUAUUCGGCCUGCUUCCUCUCCCUGCCGCGUCGACUACUAUUGCCGAGGUCCUCUCCGAAUCGAUCUUCAAGUUCGGCAAGGGGUCAAAGAUCCUCACCGAGCCGUUGUUGGCGUGGGUUAUCGGACCGAACGGACAGGGCUUGCUAGGAAGCACCGAGGACGAGCCCUCUGAUGCGGUCAUCGCAUUCACCAAGAUGCUGUGCGCCCUCGUCGAGCACUCGUCUGAAUGGCUUGUCGCGCGCUUGCAACAACCCGACGUCCAGGCGUUCCUCGCCACGAUCCUCCGCGUCACCGGGUGGGCAGGUGUUGGAGGCGUUGACGAGAGCGUUUCCGAGCUCACACUUCCGAUCUACCCUCUCAUCCAAGAAGCGAUCAUGGACUCAGACGUGUUUUCCGAGCCGCAUGAGACGUCAGCGUCGUGGGCUGUUGCCAAGCAGUUCUUCCGUGAGCUCGUCGAUGUCACAAGACGCAAGGUGCGCUGGCCAGGGUCUGGUGAGGAGGCGUCGCUGGGCGGUCUCGACCGCGAGGACCGCGAGACGUUCGACACUUGGCGUCGGGACGCGGGAGAGGUCAUCGUCGGCGCGUACUAUAUCCUUCGUGACGACAUGCUGUCGUCGUUGACAGCGACGGCGUCGGAAAAGAUCGCCAACCAGGCGCCGUGGCAGGACAUCGAGGCGACACUCCACUGCAUCCGGUACUCCGGCGAGGGGGUGCCGCUUGGCGAGGAAAAGUCCCUCCCGAUUAUCUUCUCCGACCGGCUCAUCAGCGGGCUGUCCAACCGCCCACACGCUGGCCUUGGUGAGGAACGCCUGCGUCUCACCUUUGUCUGCCUCAUCCGUGCGUACGAAGAAUGGUUCAAGUACCACCCCGACCACCUCUUGCCCGUCCUUUCCUACCUUGUCUCGUCGCUCACGUCGUCCCGGUUGGUAUCACCGUCAGCUGCGGACUCGCUCAAGGCGCUGUGCGACAUAUGUCGGACAAAGCUUGUUGACCACAUCGGUGCGUUCUCCGAGCUGCAUGGCAAGAUUGCCGACCUGGGGCCAGACGAGCAGACCAAGGUGAUCGAAGGAAUCACGAGCGUUAUCCAGGCGUUAGCCCCAGCCGACGCCAUCGGACCUGUGCAGGGCAUCCUCGGGCCGAUCGUCAAUCGCCUCGGCCAGGCUGUCACGUCUGGGGACCCGGCAGACCUCGUGCAGGCGAUGAACUCGCUCACAGCGUGCUUCAAGGGCUUCUCGCCAUCUGACGAUGACAUGUUUGACUCGCUCGACGGCGACGACGAAGCCAAGGACGCGGCGAUGAUGGAGGCUCGCGCGGCGCCAUCAACGGUUGCACUGCGGCAGCGGGCCGAGCAGGCGAUUACCGCGGUCAUCCAGGUGUGGAACGGCGACAGCGAGGUGGCCGACGCGAUCUCGAGCCUUCUAAAGCAGGCGACGCUCUCGUCCUCCGAGACGCUGAUCUCGCUUUCGCCCCUUCCGCUCUUGACCCUUGUGUGCACGGCGUGCGAGCAGGCGCCAAGCGCGCUGUGGAUGAGCCUCGCGAGCACGCUCACGCUGCGUAUCGGCACGGCGACGAGUUCGCUUCAAUUGAAGAAGCACAAGAACUCGCUCGAGGACCAGCGUAAACUUGAGGAAGAUAGAGAGCGAUGGGAGGUGGUCGGCGACGCUGCGAACCGCCUCGCCGUCAUGGCCGGGCGCAUGCUAGGUCCGGACGGCGCGAUGCGGGAUAACCCGGACGUCGUGGAGGGCUUCUUCAAGUUCUCUCACGCUGUCAGCUCGCGCUUCCCUGGCGUGCUCCUUCGCCUCCCGGAACCCGUCAUCGACGUCUACAUGUCCCUCGGCAUCAUGGGUCUGGGCACGCAAGAACGCUUCUCGCUCAAGUCAUCCGCCGAGUUCUUCGUCGCCCUCUUCGCCAACACGCGGUACCCCAGUCCACUCGAGGAACCGGCCGAGCGUCUGGUGAGACACUAUGGCCCGCGCCUCCUCCGUGCACUCUUGCUCAGCGCCGGCUCAGAAGGGCCGCGCUCAGUCAUUCCCAACCUCGCCGAGCUCCUUGCCUCGUUGGUUACUCGUGUCAGCGGGCCGGACAUCGCCGCCUGGCUCGACACCAUCCUCGCGGAGCCAGGCUUCCCGGACCCGCGCGCGACGCCUGAGGCUAAGGCCCGUCUCAAGGGCGUCGUCCUCCGCAGCCGGACGACGCGUAAGAUGCGUGAGGCGCUGCACGAGUUUGCCCUCGUUGCACGUGGCCUCGCGAACACGACAUAUGGCAACGCGACGGCAGUAUCGUUAGCGUAG